CAAGCGAGAUUUCACGACUUUCUCAUUGUUUUGUUCAUUGUUCGACAAAAUCCUCGUUUCAGUGCUGUGAAAAGUUGUUGAAAGAAAAGUGAAUUGGUUUUAAGUGUUUUAUGGAUACGAAUCACAACUAUUGUUGAACGUGCACGACAUUAUCUUCUGUGAAAACUAUGGGUGUUGCUCGUUGUGGUACUGUAGUAAAUAGCGCACAGCCUUUGGAAUGACAAGUAGGUUAAACCUAUUUUCAUUGUGAAGAACAUUGUAAUGCGACCUACUUGAUCACAAAUCUAUCAUUGAAAUAAGUUUGUUGUAUUAUUCUCAAUGUUGAAGACGAAGUUAACAUGCCUAACAAUAUUCUAACACCUUGGAAAUGUGGCAAAGUAUGAAGGUAAAGUCUGAUAUAUUCCAUAGGGACAAUGGACUGUUCACACAUAGGCCUAGUGACUAUUAAGACUGUUUGGAUUUACAUAGACUAUAUCCAAAGCUAUAUUAUGUGUUGACUGUGAUAACUAUUCCUUCUUUGUUUUAAAUUUAAAAUGUUUUUAUACAACACCAUUAAGAGUCCUAGGACUUAAACUUAGAUAGGCUACUUACUUGCUUACUUUUUGGCCUAAACUGUCAUAAUUGAAAAACUUCUCCUUGCUCAUCCAGCCUUAAAAAUGAUUAUUUAUGUAAUAUUUGUAUCUGAAGAUUGUACAGGGUCAUGGGAAGCUGACUUACAACUUUAAUUUUAUUAAAAUGUAAACAAGCAAAAUGGGCCGGGCUUCUGGAUUUGUACCAAGCCUGCUAUUUUUCAAGAUGUUCAUUCAGUUAAGACUUUUAAUAGUUUUAAUGGCAUUUUCCCGAAAUGCCAUUCAUGCGGACAAUAACCCUGACAGUGUAACGGACAGGCGGUUAUUGUUUGGUGGUGACGUAUUUAACAAGACUUUAGCGUCCAAACAUGGUGUGUCAAAAUCAAGUUUACUUGGUGCGCGAAGUGCAAGGACACCACCCACACUAGCCUAUCCAUCCCACCCAACUUUACCACCUCCAACAAGCCCUACAGGGAGGGAGAUGCCUUCAUAUUCUCCUCCCAACAGAGCCUUUUUCACUCCCCCUUUACCACCUGAGUAUUUAAAUCCUUUUGCAGAAAAACCAACACUGAGAGAUAGUAAUUCUGAUGGUGCCAGUGUUUCCAAUAAAAGGCCUAUUCCUCCACCACCACCAAGGCUUCCUUCAGAAAUAGAACUUAUUCCCAUUAGACCUCCUGAUCUCCCAGUGCAAGAUACAAGGAAAAAAACCCUCAACACCCCCAGUUUCAAAAAAUUGGCUGAAAUUCCUUACUCCGAGACAACAAGCACAACUACAACCAAUUCUAGAGCAGUCAACGAGUCUUUUGAUUUUGUACCAAUUUUACCCUAUCCGAGUGUUUCUCGCAUAUUAUCAGGAGGAAGUGGACGAAAACAUGAUAUCCUUCAAGACAUUCUCGAAAGACCCAGGUUUGAAUCUGAAUCUAAAGCAUCUCGUACUAUUAAACAAGAACAAGGAGUUGUGAAAACAUUAAUUCCUCCUAGUAUGAAACCUCCUCAGGUGACUGAGAAAAAACUCACUCCAGCACAAUCUAGAGAAGAAGUGAGCACACAAACAACUAGGCCACCCCAGACCCGACCGCCAGAGGUAACAGAAGAAGAACUGCGCAUUGAAGUGACAGAACCACCCUUAGCAGCGAGAGAUCCACCCGAGGUUGCUCAUUUACCAGAACUACCAGAACCGAGAAUAAGAUAUGUUCUUGGUGUGGCAUGGGACAUUCACGUGUACCUUAUUGCCACAUUGUUCGCUAUACUAGCAGUUUGCUCUCUACUAAACAUCAUCAGGAUAAGUUCAUUCAAACGUUUACUUACUAGAGGUUACUUUUUAACUCUUCAUGGCAUCUUGCUUAUCAUUGGAACAACUCGGAGUGUGUUUUUAUUCUACGAUGCUUACAAUAUCAAUCACUCUCUUCCUGAUCCUGUAUCACAUUUACUUCUAAACAUCGCAUUCCCCUUGCUCACAUCAUCUUUUGCUAUUUUAUUUUUGUUCCUGUUGUUGGCAGGUGAAGUAAAAAUGGUGAGUCACAAACUUCAAAGAGCUUCAGUUCUAGCUUUGUUCAUCAUAGCCCACUUAAUUUUGAGUAUAAGUGUAGACCUAUGGGCAAACACCACUAGAUUUUCUACUCUUCUGCCAGUGAUAUGUCAAUGUCUUUUUGUUAUUCUGUGUGUCGCACUUGGCCUUUCUUAUCUGUAUUUGUAUAAGUCUCUAUCUCAUUCUUCUCUUCGGAAGCAAGGUAACAUAUUUGGAUCGGUGUUCUCAGAUUCUCAUCGUCCCACCCUCGCUCACGCUGUUCGUGUUACAUUAGCAACUGCAAUGCUUAGUCUACUGAUGGCUGCAGUUCAGCUCUAUGGAAUGUUCGGAGUGUACGAGUUCCUGGGAGAAGAAUCUCCUCAUGUUUGGUUAUGGUGGGGUUUUCAAUUUUCAGUAAGAGUUAUUGAAAUCUCCAUGUGCUUUUUAAUGUCUUGGGCUGGAGUUCAGCCACUGAGAUGUGAGGCGGAAAAAGAAACUCAAAGUCAUAACUCUGCCACUGGCUUUGCAUUGUUUUCAUGCGGUGCAGCAACUCCUAGAGGAAGUGAAGGGGGAGCGGGUGAUGAUAUUUAUCCAGCAAUCUGCAGCUCAAACCAAGCAAUACAUAACUACUCUCUUAGAACUGGCAAACAGGUGUAUGACGAUACCUUCCCUCUAAACAAUCUGCACGCUGGACCGCACAUGUUUCUACACAACACCACUGAGAGGAGAUCGUUGAAGAAACAUCCAGCUGACGAUCACGACAUGAGCAAAUCCAUAUGUGGGACUCUGGUUCCCUUUGAGAGGCGGCUUCAGCCUUCACCAUCCAUGCUGGUAGCAGAGAAUGGCUUCGUACGCUUCCGAUCUCUAGCAGACGGAGAACAACCAGAAGAUUCAUUCACACAGCCCAGUAUGGUUCAUCCUAGAGAAGAUUUUACGUGAGUUAAACGUAUAAACAAUUUUGGACUAUAUUUUUUGUAAUUUGCGAUAACUUCCGGCCGUAAAUUUCCGGAUUAGAUGUUCCUCUAGUACAGUGUUUUUAGUGCAGUCUUAUUGCCCGCUAGUGUAAUUAGGUUUUUACUCGAUUCGAUCUACGUUAGCUUUUUUUUAUAAUCAAAGCUUAGUUAAUAAUUUUAUAGGCCUAUUUAAAAUGUAAGACUACUAAGGGCUGCUAUAGUUUAAUAGUAAAGCCUACGGUUUCAGUAUUUUUUAUUAGAUUUUAAGGCGUUUCUUCAAAGUGGCAAAACGUUUUAUAAGGAACGUUGAUCUGUAGAUUUUGUAGAUUUUAUUUUUCGAGUACUCUUCCUUUCCUUAAAUCGUGUACAUAGAAAUCUUUGGUUGUGGGACGAAUCCCAACUAAUCAAAUAGCCUAUUUACCAUUGUAAAUGAUCUGUCCAAAUUAUAAAUAUAUAUAAUAUAUUUAUUAGGCUUAUACAAAUAGAACAUGUACAACAAUUGUGACUAACUUAAUACAUUAUUUAACUCAGCAUUUUAAUACUUUACCUAGGCUAUAAAUAAACAUUUGGCUCAAGAUAUUUAUAUUUUCUAAAAAGGGUUCUAGGUCAAUGUAAUCCUGGAAUUAGUUUUACUACAAUUGUAUUAAGGUUUGAAAUAAAACCAGGCCUAAUCAAGUUUUUGUUUCAAAAAUUAAACAUGAUUUUAAAAUUGUCCUUAUAAACUUUGUGGCUCCCAGUGCAGCUGAAAUCACCAUUAGGCCUAUUCUAAUAAAUGAUCCAAGGCGGGUAGUUAAUCAUAAGACCAUUUAUAUUUUUACUAUCUCCACGGUAUUCACCAUUUAAACAGUUAUUUAUAAAAAGAAAUAUGACGAUAAUAAUAUUAAUCCUCAUGAACUAGGCUAGGUUAACUAUCAAUAAAAAAUGAACAUAAUUCAUCAUUAAAUAGACAAAGGCAGAUAAUAAUUAAUAUCAUUAAAGGUGAUACCGUGUAGUGGUGAUACGCGUAGUCGUUAGACAACAAUUUGGAUUACUCUGGCAGAUCCAGGUAACAUUAUACCUUUUAUAAUCUAAAACAGUAAUCCUGAGACAAGAAACAACAUGAAGUGAUAGUUCAACCUCACCAUAAGCAUGAGGAUCAAAUUAAUUGCUGUUUAAGCUAGCCUAAAUAAAAUAUUUCUAACACUUGACUGUUUUCCAUCCCAUGACUCAAACAAAAAGUUUUUACACACAGGACAAACUUAACACAGCCGACUCCUUUGCCAUCGACACAGCCUUCCCGGUAGUUGGUCUUAUUGUCUAAUGUUUAAAUCCCUUAAUGAUAACUGGCCUACAAUAGGCCUAACUUACAACUAGUGGAUAUUUUUGAGAGAGCUGAGGAAUGAGAAUUUAUGUUCUUAAACAUUAUAAAAUUGUUUGAAAAUAAUAUAUCUUGAGCCUUUAAAGAUUUCCAUUUUUAGAACUGUUUUGAAAUCCCAUUUAUAUUGUCUACUGCUUGCAGUAAUUUUAUUAACUCCGUGAAGGCUUUCGCCAUUUAAAUGAUAGUUCUGAAUCUCCCUUUAAAACCUCUUUUUAUAGUUAUUUACCACGUAACUAAAUAUUUGUAAUUUCUACCAAAUCUCAAUUUUUUAAAGUGUGUUUUUUUGACUCUUAUUAUACAUUUACGACGUUAUAUUUUACAAACUGUAUAGGUAGCUUUAAUAUUUAUUUAGGGCUAAUCAUUUUUAUUAAGAGAACUGGCAAGUAUUUUUGCAUUUUAAUACUAGGAGCAGAUUUUUUAAAUAUUGUGCCAAUGCUUGAAUUUCUUUAUAAUAAAAUAUUUUAAAUCACAUACUUAAAUAAAACUCAAAAAUUGUUUAGAAUAAUAUGGCCUAGUUGAAAGACAGUAACUAUUUAAGCACUUCUGAUAUGUUAAUUACCUAUAUAACCUAAAUGAAAAAAAAUUCAUUGGAUGAUUAUUUAGAUUUUGAGUUGUGGGACUUGUGCCUACAAACUUUUCAAAUACUUGGACUUUGGACACCCCUAAAUUUUAAUUAACAGGAUAGGAUAUGUUCAAUUUAAAGGAAGUAUUACAUUUUAAUCACCUUCUAAGACAUGGCUGAAUGGUAAUUACAGUAUAUAAUAGGCUACACACACACACACACACCCAGACCUACCAAACGUAAGAGAAAUACAACUCAAUACUGUUAAAAAAAAUGUGAAUAGUCUUGAACAAUCUAGGUUUAAUUCAGACUGACAAAAGCUUUACUAAUAAUUGAGUUAGACAUUUUAAGUUUAAAUCCGUUACUGUAGCUGAUCUUUCACGAGGUAAUAUUCAUUCAAUACAGUUAUAGUAUUACUUUAACUCAUGUUAAUUGUUUAGCCUAAUAUAACAAUGUUCCUGUAGAAGCACACGAUAGAAGAUAUUUUGCACUCUGCACCUUAUGAUACAUUCUAGUAAAUUGAUUUAAACUGUCAAAACCUUGUAAUAUAAGUUAUGUACCUAUAGGUAUAUAAUGUGUUUCAAGUAGAAAAAAGUGGUUUUUAAUUUUAAUUUGAGAGAGGCAGGUUUAUUAUUCUUCCAUAAAUUGAAGAUUGUUAAAAAGUUUGUGAUUAUGGUAAUUUAUGGAGUUAUGAAAAUUUGUUCGCACAUAACAGUUUUGAAUUUAACAUAAUAAGUUUAAUUCCAGUUUCCCACAGAUUUAGUUGAACAAAGUUUAGAAUCACAGUUCAUGUUAUUUUUUUUAUAUAUAUACUUAUGUGCUAAAUACAAAAUUGAAAUUAUUUUUUUAUAUCCUAAGAACAUUAGGUAGAAACUUCGGGUUGAUAUUUUUUUUAAUGAUUUGCUAAGUUCUUAUACAAUGUUUGUAGGUAUAUGUUUUCAAUUGAAGUAUAACAAAUUGUGCGUCCUUAUUCCUUAAUAGUUGAGCAAUAAUUGAUGUUUGCAAUAUUAUGUAUAAUUCUAUAAGUAAAGUGGCAUAAGCCUUGUAAGAAAUAAAUUACAUACGUGACUCAUUUUAAUAAUAUCAUUGGGAAUCUAAAAUAUAUCAUUGGUAUAUUAGAAUAGGUAGGCCUAAACAGAAGUCCAAACUUUAUUAUUUUUAACAACUAGUGUAACAUAGUAAAACCAAUGACAACAAUACAGUAGGCUAUGCCUCUAUAAACUAUUCGGCUGGUCAACAACCAAUUUGAUUGGUCAACGUUGACAACUUAACUACAGGGUUUGUUGAGUAAAAGAUCUCAUUUCAAUCUCAUUCAUACGUUAAUUGUGUAAGUUUGUUUGAUUCCUUUUUACUGCAAUCACAUGUUUCUGCUUUCCAAUGUUAUUAUUAAAAUUGAGUUUGGCGAAGAUUGAAGAAUGAUUUUGUUAUGUUGGAAAUAGGCGUACCUUAAAGAUCUUGCUAUUUUUUUAUUAAUAUACUGUACCUGACAAAUUAAACCUACUACAAAUUUGAAACUCUAGACACUAGUAAUAUACAGAGGCCUACGACUUGUGAAAAAUACCACCGAGUCACAUUUGACUCUUAUAAUCAAAACAAAAUGACAGAACACCAAAAUUAGCAAAAAACAAAUGUGGGAAAAACUACACUGCAUGGUGAU